UUGUAUCGCCAAAAGAGCGAUUAGCCAAGAAAAUCUUUGGCGUCGAGAAACAGGCCUAGUAUACCCCCGUUAUAUCGUGGGACGCCUGGUGCCUGCACGCGCGUCGUUUUUGCUCUUCGUCGGUCGUCAUGAUUCAGCCAACGAGCCUUGCAUGCCCCCCGAACGGUCGCUCCUCUGGUUCUAAGAACCCGCGGGCGAUUUGUUCUUCACCAAUAGAACCUCGAGAUUUCGGUCCAUUCACGCCGAAGAACCAUGCUGCGGAGUGCGAACCCGCGUGACGUCAGAUCUGGGAAAUACGCCGGACCAAGUGGUGGCAUAAUGUUGCGCCCGAACAAACUGCAGCGGAGAAAUAAUUCUUGGAAGAAAUAGUCGGUUUAUGCAGCCUCCGGAUCAAACGCAGCGCGAAUAUCUAGCCUAUCUACCUCCGUAGAACCGAUUCAGAGAACCCGAUAGUUGGAAUCGGUAACCCCGCUGCAGGUUUCAGUUAUACCUGCAAAAUCAAAAGCAGCGCGAAAAAGUCAGCCCCUGUUGCCUGCCUCUCGACAUCGUCAAGGACGCCGGUUCGUAAUCCACAAAACGUCAAUUAAAGUAAUCCUUCACUCGAACCGAGCAUAAUAAAAAUAAAUUAUACCAAUUGUCCAGCCGUGAAUGUACAUACACCACGUAUUCAUAUACCUAUAAGCAUUCGCGGUUGUUUUUCGCAAGGAGUUCCAGGAACCGAGUCCAACGCCUGACUUCAAUCCUGCCCGGCGCGCUCGAGAAGCACCUUGAAACUCACAAUCAGGUGCAGAGGAACCCGAUUCGCGCCAAAAACAAAAAUCAACCAGAAAAAACCCGCCGCAUUUUCCAAUACGCCUCAAGAGACAAGGUGUGCAUACGCACGUAAGGAAUCAUCAGCCGGAUCCAAAGAGGAUCGGAUAAAUCACUCCGAUCGGCAUCGAUGACACACGGUAUUGUUCUAUCAGGAUUUAAUGAUAUGGUCUAACGGAAGAUCGAAUCGAAUCUCCUGUGCCUCUCGUUUAUAAAUUGUUAUAAGCGGGCGACUAUAGCUCCGAAAAGUACGGAGUGAAUUAGUCUCUCGAUUGCCGACGGUGCCGCAGUACACGGGUCCAGUCUACGCGGCUAGCCAGCACGUUUGGAAAAUACAAUCUCCAAAUCAGACUCCGCGUGAUAUUCGCACCAGAUCCCGGAAGGCGGAUGAUUCCAAUUACCGGGAAUCCAUUCGUCGAGUAGCUACCAUUGAAACGAGCGACCGGAUGUAGCUUUGAGGAGUCAUCGAUGUCCAUGAAUCAGCAACGCAGUCAGCCGGACGACCUGCAACGCGAUACCGGCGUCGGUGAGUUACUCUGGCGUCAAGACAGUCGCGAGUCGUCGACAGGUGAAGAUGAAGAAAACUUUCGUUCAGCAGUUUCCGCGGAAGCCGUUUAUCGAUUCCCUUCCAGAAUCCCGUGGGAUCUGGAAUCCGCUACGAUCAACCGAAGAGAUGCACGAACAUCGGUAUCUCCACCUAAUGCGGGACUACGUCACACAACGAGUUGCGAGGAACUGAUACCCGAUAAUACGAAGAACGAGAAUCAUCUCGCGCCAACUCUUCCGGUUCCGAGUAAGAUUAUUCGCGCGGAAUGUCAUCCCAGAAGAAAUCCCAGAAGAUUGGCCAGGGCUAAGCCUUUUUCCUACAUCGAAUCGCCAACGGAUCUCGAUGAGUCGUCGUUGAAUUUAACGAAGAAACAGUUGACGGAUACUUCCGGAAAUUAUGGUGAUUCAGCGGCAACUGGUACAGAGGCCGGAACGCAGAGUAUACGGUGGUCCUCGGUGAGUCAGGAAUUGGAUAAAAACGUAACUGCUCUAGAUGAGACCAGGAACUACCGACGAGUUUGCCGGUAUGGAGAGAUGUUCGACGCAGACCUGGCGCUCCGCCGAGAGUUGGAGCUCCUCGAUACCGGGACUACCGAAGAAAACGGCGACUUCUCACCGGGUGGACGGCAACCUCGUGAUCAGGAACACGAAGAUUCCUGGCCCGGUUCAAUAUUCCACGGGAGUGCUUCGCGAAUCAAACAUCCUGACGGAGGACCCCACGCCGGUGUUCAUCGUCAUCGGGAGAAUUUACUGGAAGAAAGUUUGUUCCGGUCAAAAAGGGAGGCAGAAAAUAUCACCGGAAAUAAAAGGGUUUCACCGAAUCGCAGUGACAGUGGGGAGCUUGACGAAGUUGAGUGCGAAUCCAGUGCAAGUGAGGAAUUACGUGGAGUGUCAGGAUCAAACGAGUCCUGUCCCCGACCUACGAGGUUCUCGUCCGGGAUCGAGCGGGUUGUUGGAUCUCGAGAACCUUUCGCCGGUCGAACGGAGCCGCGGGUGCAUUGUGGAGAACGUGAAACUCGAAACGAUGAAGAUGAUCAACGGCUCGAGGACUCUACGCGUCUGCCGAACACCCUUCAGCUGCUUAGAACCUCGCAAACUUCGCAACACCAGGACGACGAGUGCAGAAAUAUCAUGCAGCGCACGGAAGAAACUGGUGUUCGUAAUAAAACCGGAUGUAAGGUGAAACCGGAAAGGUCGAAAAAGCAAAACGUUGACGCUACCGAACAGACGGAUGAACUUGUUUUGGUGCCUUUCGACCCAUCGGAAUGGAAUCAAAGUCACGUUACGUCUUGGGUGUCCUGGUGCAAAACGACAUUCUCGAUGAAAUCAGCACCUUCUGCUACAGAUUUACCACCGACAGGCAAAGAGCUUUUAAAUUUGACUGCCGAACGCUGGCGAAGUCUACCUGGAGGACAUAUUCUCGCUGUCCAUCUUGCCCACCGACGACUUCAGGCCACGGGAGUCUCCAGUCCCAUCCUACAGGAGAUGACCAAAUUUCCCUGCAACGAAAUGGAACGGAUCAGCCUCCUGCAGAGGACUUGUUCGCUGAUUGGCUCUGGAAGUGGUGGCCCGGGGUCGGUCGGGGGAGGUCAGGUCCAGCUCUGGCAGUUCCUCCUAGAGCUACUCUCGGAUUCGUCGAACGCCUCCUGCAUUGCGUGGGAGGGCUCAAACGGAGAGUUCAAGCUCACCGACCCGGACGAAGUCGCUAGAAGAUGGGGCGAGCGCAAGAGCAAACCCAACAUGAAUUACGACAAACUUUCGAGAGCACUCAGGUACUACUACGAUAAGAACAUAAUGACAAAAGUCCACGGUAAGAGAUACGCCUACAAGUUUGACUAUCAUGGAUUAAUGGCGGCUUGUCAAGCACAGGCAGGAGUCACGGUGGACCCGCCACAUCCGCAUCACAUUUAUCCUUCUGGACCUCCACCUCCACCACCACCUCCCCCACCUCCGCCUCAUUACUGUUGGCCCUACCCCCGGUAUAGUCCGGCAACUUAGCACCUGUGCAUUCGAAUGAUGAUGAGAUUACAUGUUCCACGCCCUGUGGGACCCCUCGGGAUCCUAUGGGAUUUCCUAUAAUCAUUAUCAUGCAUCAUAGGUAUGCAUGUAUUUCAAGGAAGAAAACUCAUGAGUUGAAGAAAAAUACGAUGCAAAAACAUUCUGUGUAUAGAUAAACAAUAAGAAAGAACAACAAAUAUAUAAAACCCUUCAAUUUUCUAUAGAUGCAGUGAUAGUAUAUAAUGAUUGUUAAUAAUUAUUGUAAUAACAUUGUAUAAUUUAUAAUAAAAAAAAUCAUUGUC